AUGACGUUUUUAGAGAAUCCCAAUUGUCUGCUGAGUCGCAGGAAUCGCAAUCAAUUCCUGGUGACCCUCCUAGUGAAUAUUGCUCCCUUCGCCCAUGGCCUGGCCAUUGGUUGGAUGUCACCGGUGAUGCGGGAUCUUAUCACCGAUCAGUCGCCCCUUGAUUUUCCCGUUCUGGUGGAGGACGUCUCCUGGAUAGGAUCUCUGAUUGGCAUAGGCGCCAUGAUGGGCAACACGCUGGCCGGCACUUUGAUGAAUCGCAUCGGACGAAAGCCGGUCAUGAUUGGCCUGGCAUUACCCACAUUGAUCUUUUGGAGUCUCGUUUAUUUUGUCCAAAGUGUGGAAUACUUGUAUGUGGGUCGCCUGAUGGCUGGACUUACAAAUGGAGCCUUCUAUGUUGUCCUUCCAACCUUCCUGAGCGAGAUUGCGGAUGAUAACAUUCGCGGUCGUCUUGGUUCCAAUCUCUUGACAGUAAACACUGGAGUCCUUACCGGAUACAUAGUAUCUUCACAUUUUAAUUACUUUACGACUCCUCCUUUUAUAAUUGCCAUACCCAUUUGCUAUAUAGUAGCUAAUUUUUUUCCGGAAACCCCAAUUCAUCUGAUACGAAAGGGAAAAAUUCAGCAGGCCAAAGAAUCGUUUCAGUUCUACAAAAAUAUUCGAAGAGAUGAUAUCAAGGCUGAAAGUGAAUUUGAGGACUUGAAGCUGAAGGUGCUGAAAGCGGAGGCUGAGAAGGCCAAGUCCUUCGAUUACAGGGAUUUCAUUACGAAGCCCGCUUUCAAGGCCUAUACCUCUGCCAUUGUCCUGCUGAUCUCGAAUCAGUUCAGUGCCAGUUUCUGUGUCUCUUCCUAUUUGUCAACCAUUUUUGCUGCCUCAAACACUACCCUGAACAUGACCAUGUGCACCAUUGUCAUAGGAUCUGUUCAGAUUGUGGGCACCUAUGCCACCACCUUGCUGUGCGAUAAAUAUGGAAGAAGGAUCCUCAUGCUGGUCUCCUCCUCGGGUGCCGCCAUUUGCCUAGCGAUCUUUGGAAGCUAUACGUACUUUGCCAAGAUUUAUGAUCUAACAGCUCUCGGUUGGCUUCCCCUCGUGAUCCUGGCAUGCUACGUAUUUCUAUGCAAUAUAGUAGUAGGUUGUGUCUUUGUCCUAUUGCUGGAAUUCUUCCCAACUAAGAUUCGAUCCGUUUGUGUGUCAGCUUUUAUUGUGACAUUAAGUGGAAUGGUUUUCUUGGCCCUGAAAAUCUUCCCCCUCUGUUUAGCUAAUUGGGGCAUUUCGGUGACUAUGUGGUGCUGCAGUGUCAGUACGACUCUCUGCUUUUUUUACUUCUACUUCUUUUUGGUGGAAACUAAAGGCAAAUCCUUGCUGGAAAAUUAAUUUUAACACUCAGCUAAGACUUUCUAAAUGAAUCGAGUUUUUAAAUACUAUUAAAACUGAUUAUUACUGAGAAAGAUAUUAGGCCAAUAUUUGUAAGAUUUUAGGUGUUUAAAUAAAAAAUGUUGGAAUUAA